UUCAGAUCCUCUGUUUUUUUUUUUUUUUUUUGGGUGGGCAAUACAAAUACAUAUAAUAGCAAAAACCAAAACCAGAUGCAUUUGGCGCAUACUCUGUAACUUCCUUCCUCUGCUUUCACAUUCCCUUAGAAGAAAAUGGGCAGCUUCUUCGCUUAUCGUGAUUCAUGCCCUUCCAUAAAAAACAUUCUAAUACUGGACUCUGAAGGAAAACGUGUAGCAGUGAAGUAUUACUCGGAUGAUUGGGCAACAAAUAGUGCAAAGUUAGAUUUUGAAAAGUCUUUGUUCACUAAAACUAUGAAGACAAAUGCUCGUACAGAGGCGGAGAUAGCAAUGUUUGACAGUAACAUUGUUAUCUAUAAGUUUGUCCAGGAUCUUCACUUCUUUGUAACUGGGGGUGAUGAGGAAAACGAACUCAUCUUAGCCACAGUUCUUCAAGGGUUAUUUGAUGCAAUUUCCCUUAUCUUGAGAAACACCGUUGACAAAAGAGAGGUACUUGAGAACUUGGAUCUUAUACUUCUAUGUCUCGAUGAGAUUGUUGAUGGAGGGAUGAUACUUGAAACCGACGCCAAUCACAUUGUAGGAAAAGUGGCAAGCCAUAACAUGGAUCUUGAUGCACCCUUAUCUGAGCAGACUAUAACUCAAGCGUGGGCUACAGCUCGAGAUCAUUUGACCAAAACCCUUCUUAAAUGAUUACUCUUGGCACACAGAACAAAUGGGUUGGCAUACUUUUAUAGUUGUUUCAUCUGUCUUUAAAAUACAUUUCCUCAUCUUUCAUAUGUUGUUGACCUUAUUGAAUGAUGAGCCUCAUACUAUGGUAUUCUAAUAGGCCUUUUUUUUUUUUUUUUUUUUUUUUUUUGUGGCCCAGAUCUCUCUGUGUAUUUUUUGAUGAUUUUAUUACAAUAUAUGACAUGAUCCACUUAAUAAUAUAUGGUCGAUUUGAAAUAUUAUGGUUCUUAGCAACAGCAAAAAGCCCAUCUUGAGGCUUAAUGAAGAGCUUGAAAUUCUGAUAUUGUGGGCUGUCUU